CGAACCCUUGGUCUCCCUGUCUAGCAUAUUUUUCUCUCCCUGAUUUCUUCAAACGAUCAUUUUCGAUUUUGGUCGGGAGUUAGUUCGUUUUCCGGUCAAUCAGAUCGAAGGAGUUGUAGCUGAUAAAUUAUGUCAAAUGUGGUCUUGUAUUAAGUUGUUUGGAGUUGUAGCUCAUGCUACUGCGUUAAUGUAUAAUGCUGCAUUGAGAUAGAAGGCUGUGAGGCAGAAGAGCGAUGAAAUGUAGGUUCUGUUCGCUUUAUAUAUAAAUUCAUGGGUAUUUGCUUCAGCAUUGACUCUGAUACGAAGGACCCAGGAUAUGAAUCUGUCACACCAACAGCUAAGCCAGAGAGAAGCAGAAGCUACACUUCAUCAUCUCCUAUGAAUAUCAAAGAUCUCCGCCAAAGUCCUGGUUAUGGGAAUGUUGAUAUAUUUUCCUAUGAUGAACUGAGGUUGGCCACCAAGCACUUUCGUCCAGACUUAAUUCUGGGAGAGGGUGGUUUUGGAGUUGUGUAUAAAGGAGUGAUAGAUGAAAAUGUGAGGCCAGGUUACAAGGCCACACAGGUAGCUAUCAAGGAGCUAAAUCGAGAAGGAAUUCAGGGUGACAGGGAAUGGCUGGCUGAAGUCAACUAUUUAGGUCAGUUCAGCCACCCAAAUCUUGUAAAGCUUAUUGGAUAUUGUUGUGAGGAUGAACAUCGGUUACUGGUCUAUGAAUACAUGGCAAGUGGGAGCUUGGAAAAACACCUUUUUCGCAGAGUGGGCUCAAUGCUGACUUGGUCAAAAAGAAUGAAGAUUGCUUUACAUGCUGCAAAAGGGCUUGCUUUUCUUCAUGGGGCAGAGAGGCCCAUCAUAUAUCGCGACUUCAAGACAUCAAAUAUUUUGCUCGAUGAGGAUUUCAAUGCAAAGCUUUCAGACUUUGGUCUUGCAAAGGAUGGACCUAUGGGAGACCAAACCCAUGUUUCAACGCGUGUGAUGGGCACAUAUGGAUAUGCUGCGCCUGAGUAUGUGAUGACUGGGCAUUUAACAGCUCGAAGUGACGUGUAUGGUUUUGGAGUGGUGCUACUUGAGUUGCUUAUUGGAAGGAAAGCAUUAGACAAGAGCAGGCCCAGCAGACAACACAACUUGGUUGAGUGGGCACGUCCACUGUUGAAUCAUAAUAAGAAGCUCCUUAAAAUUUUAGACCCUAGAAUGGAUGGCCAAUAUUCAUCUAAAAGUGCAAUAAAGGUGGCCCAUCUAGCAAACCAAUGUCUUAGCCAAAACCCAAAAGGCAGGCCUCUGAUGAGUCAGGUUGUUGAAAUUCUUGAAAAUUUUCAGUCAAAGGAGGAAAAUGUAGAAGAGCAGAUGCUUCGAAUUGGCAGUAGCAGUAUAACCCUUUAUGAGGUUCCAAAGGACGCCAGAGAAACUCCAGCAACUGGGAAAAGCCAAUGUGAAAACGAUGAGGUUUAUAGAAGCGAAUGAAGAAACUGACCAAAAAAAAAAAAAAAAACGACUGAGUCUAAUAAUUAUGAGAUUGUCUGAUUCGUGCUCCAAGAUUCAGUCAGUUUCUGGGUGAUCAAGCUGUACCAGUAUGGAUGGAAGUUGAAACCGCUGGAAAGUGCCAGUUGCUGUCUUGAAUCAGAAUUUAUGAAGGCACUUAAUGGCUUAAGCAAUCUUUUUCUUUUCCAAUUUUUGUGUCCUGGGGCAUGCUAAUACUUGGAAUUUGUAACAGAACACUAGCCAAGCAAUUUUUUAAGUGAAGAUUUGUCGUUUCUAUUUAUCUGCACCACUUGCUGCGCCAACGGCCUUUGAGAAAAUGGUAUGGUUGUGACAAAAUGGCUAAAGCAAAUUUUUUAGGGCUCUGUUACCCUUUGUCAACCCUGCAUCUGUUUGUAUUGCUUUUGUAUGUUACGUGUAAAAUGUUUUCAAGAGCAUCAUAUAUUUGCCUCCAGUGUCUAGUGUGCUUUUCA